CGCCGGGACCGGGGUUGGGGCCGGGGCCGGGGCCGGGGCCAUGGCCACGGCCGGGCCUGAAGCCUCGGGUGCUGCUGCUGCCGCCGCUGAGGGGAGCGAAGCCGGGAAUGGCGGCCUCGAUGGCUACGUCAGGAAGUGCGUGUUCUGCAGGAUCGCCCGCCGAGAGGAGCCGGGCACGGCGCUGCUCCCCUGCGAGGAUGAAGACCUUGUUUGUUUUAGAGAUAUAAAACCUGGUGCCCCCCACCACUAUCUGGUGGUGCCCGUGAAGCACAUCGGAAAUUGCAAAACACUGAAGACAGAGCAUAUACCUCUAGUGAAGAGAAUGAUGGAAGUUGGAAAAGCUGUUCUCCAGAAGAAUAAUUUUAGUGACUUGAAUGAUGUAAGAAUGGGUUUUCACUGGCCUCCCUUCUGCUCGAUACCCCACUUGCAUCUUCAUGUUCUGGCUCCAGCCAGUCAGCUGGGAUUCCUCUCCAGGCUCUAUUACAGAAUCAAUUCCUACUGGUUUAUCACGGCUGAACAGCUAAUCGAGAGACUGCAAACUGAAAAUGCUGCCAGCUGAAAGCUUGUGUCAUUUGGUCUUCAAGCUCUGAAUUAAGGUUGCACAGUUUGAUGUUGCCAAUAAUAUCCCAGGAUAAAAAAAGCUUUAGUUCCUUAUGAGGAAAGACACACAGAAUUUGUAGCUGCCAACCUAAUUCUUCUGUUUGGAUACAUCAGUCUGUAUACUUCCCUGGCAAUAGCGUGAUGUAUUUCAGUUACAAUUUUAUAUUUGUGUAUAUACAGCCGUAAUACACACACACACACAUGCACACAGGCAGAGAAUUCUUCCUAUUAAAAGGCCAAGUGUAGCAGCAGAAUGUAUUGCAACCAAGGCAACGAGUUAAAACUAACAGCUUGUGAAUGGUACCAAAGGGAGUAUUUGUUGCAGAAUCAAGCUUUCAUUUUCAAGAUGCAUUGUUCCGGGAUUGCAGGUAACAUUUCAAACAUUUGUUCCCAUCUGCAUUUGUAUGAUAUGUUACUUAUGCCUAGUGAUGAGUAGGUGCAUUGCUGACAGUACAGUACUGGCUUUCUGGUGCUAAACCACUUCAAUGUUACCUGCCUUGUUUGCAUCACAGUGACACAGUAAAUGUCAAUACAAUGCUGUAUAACCUAGAAUAUGGUUUAUGUGUAAAUAGACUUAAAGAUUUUUUUUCCCUCUUAUGUGCGCAAUAUUUGAAAUUAGUUACUGUAUGUUUACAAAGAACGUGAAGAGUUCAGAAGAACAGAUUUAAUAUACUGCUCUUCUGCAUGGCAGUAGACAGAAAAAUCCAGAUUUUCUGAUCUUGUUCUCACUGGAAGUCCCUUGCAGAUUACUAAUGCCUUGGCCAAAUUUGGAUUCUAAAUGGAGCAGUAAGAGAAGUUGGUCUGAAACACUGUGUGUGUGUGUGUCAGACUUACGUAAGAGCAAUGUGAUUUGACUUUGGGAUAGCAGGGACUCAGCCCAAAAUUGGAACAUGCCAAGUGUCUUACGGAACCUGCUGAACAUUUGCUUUUGCUGCAUGACUCUAAUCAGGAAUGCUAUCACUUGUUUUUCAGUACCAUAAUAAGGCAGACUGGAAAGUUAAAACUCCAGAACACAUGAAGUGGAUUUUGUUUGUUCACAGAGCAUGUCUUGGUGCCAAACUAACCAAGUGCCCUUGCCUGAUGCAUUCAGAUGCAGCUGAGGUGAGAAUGUCUGUUGCACCUGCAAGCUUCCCUGAACAUAAUAUUCUGUGUUUUCCACGGAUCCAGCACCUGUUGCCUUAGUGGUACGAUGUGUUGUAAUGUUCUUACAGUACUUCAGAGUCUGCACCCUUCUGAAGAACAGCAUUUUCUACCUGGGAGAGUUUACACCUCUCUGUCUGUAAGAUCAUCUUCCUAAUGUCUUGUUACUGUUAUUAGUGGGCACUCACAUGUCAUUUGCAGCCCUUUAGGGUUUUAAUUUGUUAGGUUUGGUAGGAAAAGUGUGACUUAAAGCCACUGAACUUGGACUGUGCAGUAGAUGAAGAGGUUUGAGCUGGCUUCUAACUUCAUGAAAUACCUGAACGUUAAGGAUUUUCAGGAGUUAAAACUUACUGUGUUCUGAUCUGUAAUUAAUUUAUGUAACUAUACUGAACUGUGACAUAAUGUAAUAUUUAAAAUACCAACAUGAACUGUUGUCAAAAAGGAUUAAUAAAUGCUAAUCUUGGAAUGAU